CGUGUGUGUGUGUCGUGGUGUUUUGUCAGCCACCGUAAUUCAUCAACAAUAUGAAGGUAUUAUCACUCCCUCACUGAAGUGGCCGAAUAACUUCACUGUAGCAGCGUUAUAGCCGUUGGGAAAGACAAAGACAGACAAACGAGGCAACCAGCUAACACGUUCGACGUGGACUGACUGAGCACUCGGUACCUGCCAUCAAAACUGGCCUGCUGCUGCGGCUCGGCAGCCUGUUCGUGCUGCUGUAACUGCUGCCCCAAGAUCAAACAGUCCACGGGGACCCGAGUCAUGUACGCCCUCUACUUCCUGCUGGUCACCAUCAUCUGUGUCAUCAUGAUGUCCCCCACUGUGGAGCAGGAACUGAGAGACCACAUCCCCUUCUACAGUGAGCUUUGUCAGAAGAUGAAUGCGGGGGAGAACUGCAAAACUCUGGUUGGCUACUCUGCUGUUUACAAAAUGUGCUUUGGUAUGUCCUGCUUCUUCCUUAUCUUCUGCCUCUUCACCAUACGAGUCAACAACAGCACAGGCUGGAGGGCGGCCGUACAUAACGGGUUCUGGCUGCUGAAGUUUCUUGCGCUGGUGGCUUGCUGCGCUGGAGGCUUCUUUGUCCCAGAACAGGAAACCUUUCUGGAAGUGUGGCGCUACGUAGGAGCCGUUUGCGGGUUCAUUUUCCUGCUGAUCCAGCUCAUGCUGUUGGUGGAGUUUGCACACAGAUGGAACACAAACUGGAGUUCAGGAGUAAAGUACAAUCGUCUCUGGUACGCAGCUUUGGCCUUCGUGACUCUGAUGCUGUUCACUGUUGCGGUGGGAGCCGUAGUCUUUAUGGCCAUAUACUACACCGACCCUGAGGCUUGUUUACUUAACAAGAUCUUCCUGGGCAUCAAUGGCAGCCUGUGCCUCAUGGUCUCCCUGUUGGCCAUCUCCCCAUGCAUACAGAAACUGCAGCCCACAUCAGGCCUUCUGCAGCCUGGAGUCAUCAGUGUGUACGUCAUGUACCUGACCUUCUCAGCCUUCACCAGCAAGCCAAAAGAAAUGGUGGAGAGGGAUGGUGUGAACACAACCGUGUGUGUGUUUCCCUUCAACUCUGGGACGGAGGGCGACAAGAAGAUUGUCACCGCAGGGGGAACAGUUAUCUUGUUUGGCUGUGUCCUUUACUCUUGCUUGACGUCCACCACCAGGCGAAGUUCUGCGGCGCUCAGAGUGUGUAGAAACAGUGAGCCAGAGACUGAGAGAGCUCGCUGCUGUUUCUGUUUUGGAGAGGACACAGAUGACUAUGACGAGGAGAAGACGGGUUCAGGCCAGAACGUGGUGUAUGAUGAGAGAGACGGAACCAUCUAUAGCUACGCCUACUUCCAUUUUGUCUUCUUCCUGGGAUCCCUCUACGUCAUGAUGACCGUCACCAACUGGUUCCAUUAUGAUAACCAUAAGAUUGAGAAGCUGUUGGAUGGGAGCUGGUCUGUGUUCUGGAUCAAAAUGGCCUCCUGUUGGGUCUGUCUCAUCCUCUACAUGUGGACCCUCAUUGCUCCCAUGGUCUGUCCGAAGCGCUUUGAGGCCUAGCACGCACAUCACUGUCAGGCUACCCUGAUUCUUGGGAUGUGGCCAGACAGAAGCUCUUACGCUGAGCCAAGGGACCACCACAACCCCCCCACCCCCACCCCUCCUUACCUUGAAACACAACCCUACACUACUCUCAGCGUUCGAAAUGGAGGAUUAUCUGUUGCCUUUUGUUCUAUAUGCUAGUGUGUCUUUUACUUUUGUUUUCCAAUGUUAAGCUGUUAAUACCCUGAUGGUAAUUGUGUUACCUUUUACUACCACUUAUUUCUGGAGUUUUAUGUUACUUACAGGUUUGUAAUUACAUGAAGAAUCGUGGUUACAUUGUGAAAUUUGAAGUAUCACACCCACAUAGAUUCCUUGAUAAUUUCAGAUUUGAAAGCAUACUUUUAAGUGUUUCCUGCAUGUGUCAGUUUUUCUUGGAUUAUUGUUGUUAAUCUCAACAAGUCAUCUCAGUUCUUUACAGUUGGACCAUAAAGUUGUAGCGAAGUUUGGGGACAAAUUUAUUUCAGGUUAGAGAUAUUACAGGAGAAAUUGUAUUUAUUUAAGUAUGUCUUAAGUAAUCAUUUCGUGAGUGAAUGUGGUGUAAAUUGAAUUAGAUUUGUCCCUAGCUUUGUUUAAAAACUCAUCUCUCAGGCUGAAAUGUAAGAUGUGUAUGUUUAUGCUUUGUUAUGUUGCGCCCUUUUGUAGACGUUUUCUAUGCAACAGAACAAGCUCUUUCUUUUCGAUGUUACAGACACUCAGUGUUGUGAAGUUUCCACUUGGAUCACAAGCAUAUUGUUUCAGACUUUAUUAAUGCCAGUGCUCCCUUUGAGCCAGAUCUUUUCUUGGGAAAUUCCUUGUCAUUUGUACAACAUUUCCAGACACUGUCAUUGUUGUGCAGGGCAGUGCUCUUCAAAUCAACCUGCCUUACGUAACAGUGACGUUAGUGGAGUGCCGCCUCUCUGGAAGAGCUGCAGUGACACAGAUGGGAAACUUUUGCCAAAGGUAGAAGACAACAGACUACUGUUUGGUCAGUUGGGAACAUUAAGUGUUUGCAUGCAGAGACACAUAAAUCAGCUGUUUUCUGUACAGUUAUAAAGGCUUUUUGCCUCAUCUUUGUUACUCGUCUUAGCUCAUAAUGGUGGUCAGAAUAAGGUAGCAUGAAUGCUUUUAUUAGUGAAUUAUUCAACACUGGAUGUUGAAUUUACUGCCGGAUUAAAAUUCACACAAAGACCUUCACCUGUUUGUUACUUAUGUAACUACUUUCUUUUGUAAAAAAAUACAACAUAUUGCACAUUGUCAGCUGAAAGUCAUUUGUUUCUCAUUCAUCAUCAAUAAAUCAGUACGUUCUCCUUU